AUGAGCGAGGUCAUCGAUUCAUCCUCAGACUCACAACCGAGUGCCCGCUCGCCUUCGGCAAUGGCCCUGGAUGUUUCAGCAGCCAGCUACGAGAGUGGGCGCAGAGCGCUGCAACUCGCCGUCGGUGGCGGCGGCAGCAUCCAGGAAAUGGCCUCGCUGCUGGCACAGGAAGCCGAAGAGCAUGAGAACUCGUCUUCCCUCGACCCUACCGGCGGCGCCCACGAUAAGCCCGUUCGCUGCGACCAUCAUACAGCCCUCGGAGUUGCGGCCUCUGCGGGCCACGUGGAUGCCGUGGAGCGGCUGCUGGAGGCUGGGGCGGACCCCAAUGCUCCAGUACAUGAGGUGGGAAUCUCGGCGCUCGAGGCGGCCGCAGCGCAAGGCCAACUUAUCGUCGUCCAGAAGUUGCUCGGAACAGGCGCUCAUCCCGAUCACUGUGGCGGCGAGCGCUCGGAGUCUACUCCUUUGAUAGCCGCAGCCGAGGCUGGCCAUGUAGAGAUAUGCAAGGCUCUCCUGCAAAAUGGCGCAGAUGUCAGCAUCUCGAAACGCUACUUUGACAACAUCUCCGUCAAUUACGUUACCUCUUCAGCCAUUGAGGCUGCAGGAGAAACUUCUAGCACCACCUUAUUGGAGCUAUUCCUGGGACGCGUUGAAGAUACGGCCAAAGAAUUCGAUCCGGACGACCUCAACAAUGCGGUGGCCGAAGGCCGACAGAAAGACUCACGGAGGCUGCUUGAUACUAGGGAAUUUCUCGAUCGCGCCCGAACAAGCAUCAACAACGCUCUUGUCAAAGCGGCGGCGACUAGCAAUAUGCUUGUCCUACAGAGACUCCUGGACGCGGGCGCCGAUAUAACUGCCGAAGCUGGUCGUGCUGGCAACGCCAUUGCGGCUGCAGCCUCACGGGGGCAUCUGGAAGCGGUGAAUAAAUUGCUCCAGGCUGGUUCUGAUCAGGGCAACCUCCCCGCGGCUGCCGUCACCGCGGCGCUGCAAUCAGCCGUGGACGUGGGAAACAUGGCCUUGAUCGAGCUUCUCACACAGGCAGGUGGUGAUGCCACAAAGAUCGACAUCCGGAAACUGGCAGCCGCGGGUAAUUUGGAUGUCCUGACAUUCGUCUUGCACUCUGGCGCCCUUGUUGAUGUUGAUCCCGGCCUUCAGGAUCUUUAUCACUGGUCAAGGGCGAAGGAGUUGAGCGAUUUCACUGCCCUGCAGUUAGCAGCGUACCACGGUCACCAGGCCGUCGUGGAACUUUUGCUCGCCAAGGGGGCCGAUGUUAAUGAGUCGAUACGCCAUGCAAGCGAUGAGAAUGAGACAGACUUGGACGGGGCCACGGCGGUCCACUUAGCUGCUGUUGGUGGGCAUUUGGCAGUGGUGAAACUACUCAUAGAUGCGGACGCCGACGUGAAUGCGCCCUGCCGGUACGCCGAUACUGCUCUUCAGGCCGCCGUUCGAGCAGGCGACACGACCAUGGUAGAGGUGCUCCUGGCCGCUGGCGCCGUUGUGGAUGUGGAUGUUUUUGGGCACAAGACCGCCCUUUCGGUUGCGGCCGAGGUGAAAAAUCCCGAUCUCGUGGCACGACUGCUUUCAAUAAUGCCUCUACACGAUGCUCGCCGGGCCGCAACCCUGGCGCUGGAGAAGGCAGUAGAGAACCACAGUACCGAUAUCGUACGGCAGCUGCUACAGUUGCACCCCGACGUCAACCUCCAUAGUAAAAGGUAUUUUGAAGUGGAAGAUCUCUCCCUGCUGCAAAGGGCCGCUGCAGAUGGCAACUUGGAAAUAUUAGAAGUGCUGCUCUCAGAGGGGGCCGACGUGAACUCCAAUCCUUCCGGAGGCUGGAAGCAAACCGCUCUGCAGAAUGCAUCGGAACGAGGCGACCUGGCUGCCGUGAAGCUGCUGUUGGCCGCCGGUGCCGAGGUCAACGCGACGGGGGCGACGGCGUCACCGCUUCUGCUCGCCAUUCGAGGUGGCCAUGUUCAAGUCUUUGAAUAUCUCCUGUCCGCGGGCGCGGAUAUCCACGCAACGGCCUACUGGGGGCAGACCAUGCUAGAGGCUGCCGAUUAUAGCGGAGAUGCUGAUAUUCAGGACCGGGUGCGAGCUGCCCUCGACUCUCAACCGCCGCCGCCAAUCGAUCAGCCGCUUGACCGUGGCACAGAUCCGCACUGUGAGGCGUGCCGGAAGACGUCCCUGGUUGACCUGUUCUGGGAACUUGGAAACGAAACUGUUUUGCAUCCCUCUCUGACAGCGCUCAGGGCCUCAGCCGCCGCAGGCUGCCCGUUCUGCUGCUUCGUUUCGAAGAGACUGGCAAUCACGUCCAUCUCCAUACCUCAGCCGUCGCCCGUUUCAUUCUCAAAACGGCCCGUUUCGCCACCCACAAUGAGAUGUAUUGUGCAUGAGCCGUUCCCUCCGAACGGAGAAUGGCGUAAUGGUCUUCGGAUAGAGAUAGAAUUCCCUGUCGUAGUUCCAUUUUCAGGUGAGAUCUCGUCAAGGGCAGCAUUGCCCCUGCUCAAGCAAUGGAUACAAAUUGGAUGCUGGACGCUGAUGUGGGAAUAG